CCGCGCGGAGGCGGGUCUGCUCAGGUGACUGUCAAGAUAAAACUUCAACUACUUCUGAGCGGGGCCUUAGGUAAUGUUAGCAAGGUAAGUGAGAGGAGGUGUACUCUAGGCAACAUGUUAUGAAAGUUUUUGAGUCGGUUUCUUAUUUGUCAGGAUCCAGCCGUAACGAACAAAAGAGGAAACCCACAGGACUAAAAUGGACUGGUUCCACUGUAAUCAGUGCUUCACAAAAAAAGGGUCGAAGUUUGCUGUGUCCAGCUGUGGCCACAUCUGCUGUGAAGCAUGCAUUAAGCCUAAGCAGUGCAGCGUGUGUGGGGCCUGCUGCAGUUACCUGCCUGUCACAGAUGAGGUUGAUGAAGCCACAGGAAAAGGUGUUUUUCAGGGACCCUGUGAAGCUCAUCCGAUCACGACUGGAGCACAUUUCACAGAUUGUGCGUUUUCAGCUGAUGCAGAUGGAGAGAGUCACAGCACACUACAAGCAAAAGUCUGUCGAACUGGAAGGGCGCCUCAAAGAAGUCACUGAGAAGGCGUACAGCCAACUCUCUGAGCUGAAAAGAGAGAAUGCUGACUUAAAAAAGGAGCUUUCAAAGCUGAAAAGAGAGACUGCUGAAUUGAAAAAGCCACUUUCUCAGAGGAGGGUUUCUCCAGGACUGUUUCAAAUAGAUGGCACUCAAAGGAUGUCACUCCCCGUGGCCAUUGCUUCCCCAGUUAUCCCUCUUUCAAGACCCACGGGUAACUUAGGGCCAGCAGAGCGGCAGGGGUGGGCAAGAGACAGAGGUCCCAGUCUGUCCUCCCUCACAACUCCUGGAUCAGCUGCCUCCAUUUCUAGCCGUAGUUCUUUCCAUGAACACAGAACAGCCACAUCCUUAAGCACGUCUACAAGAACACAGCGUCAGACUCCCAAUGUUUUCCCGUUCCAAGUUAUGAGUGGGUUAUCAAUACAGUCACCCAGGCAUUAAUGAAAUGCCCCCAUGGGAACAUCUUUGACAGUUAAGCUCAUCAGGACCGUUACAUGUUUGUUGGAGUUUGGAACAGCUGGCAGCAAUGACUGUAUGUCUUAUGCAUUGUAGCCAAUUAAUGAUUGUUAAGCUUAUGUGGAUGUGGUUUCUUUGUUAGGAAUUAACCUGCUAUAUUAUCUUACUGUUACUGGUUGACUCAUGAUCAUUAUUUUUUCUGGCAAAAGAGUUUUUCAUUUCUGUAGAUACAUUUCACAGCCUUGGGCUUUUUUCUCACAGAUUUUAUGUUGAUAGAAAAAUAAAUUUGAUGAGUUAGAGUCAGUUGGAGUCAUUACAACACACAAAAAUAUUGCUUGCACACAGGAUUAUAAAGGCAAAUCUUUUACUGGUUUCCAGUGACACAGCUGUGCAAAUGGGAACAGGAAAAAAAUACAAUGAGAACACCUGCAAAGGAAGACACUAAGUGUUAUGGACAUUAGCCCGCAGCAUGACACAUGCAUUAACUUUUCAUUACUAACAGAAUGACAAAACACAGUGAUGCACACUGCUUUACCAACAUUCUGGUCAUCUAAACUUUGUCCAGACAUUUCUAAUUAACUAGCCCUCACUCCAUUUAAACCCACAUCACCCCUGCAGGUUAACUAAGCAGUACUACAGAGUAUGGGGCUGAAAUGCAUAAUGUUUGUGGUAUAAUUCAUAACCAGGUUUAACAGAAAGGUUUUAUUCUUUGGAUUCAAACCCUUCGCUACUUCUGCAGUACAUGGAUACACAAAUUAUUUCAUCUAGUUUGUCUAUAUUAUAAACUGUCAUGUCACACUCUAUAUUAAGACAAAGAGAUGUAAAAAUACUGAUUUAAUCAAUGAGUGGAAAUCAUAGUUUGAAAUUCUGAUAUCAUGAUGUUGAUGUGAUUGCUGCUUUCCCACUGCUGUUUAACCUUUACUGUAAAAA